AUGGCAAAGAACUUCAACUCUGUCAGCUUCAGUAUUCUCGUGCUUGUUCUCAUGAUGGCUUCUACCGGAAUCUUCAAGAGCAAGGCUUUGGCUGGGGUGGAGUGCCCAAUGGGAAGUGGAUGCCAUGACCCCCAUUACCGUCAGUUCUUUGGCAGUUGUGGCAUGAUCCCGUUCACAGGUUCAGAUUCGGAUUGUUGUGCAUGCUGCACUAACUUAUACGGUACUCCUCCAAUCUGUUGGGCGGCUGUUGAGGGAACCACUCCGGAAUGCAAUUGCUACGACAAGGCGAUUUGA